GUCACUUCCUUUCUGUUCGAGCCAAUCUCGAAGUGAACACGCGUUCUCCUUCUUAUCACAAGAUGCGUUACGUCGCUGCUUACCUGCUCGCAGCCCUGGGUGGCAACGAGAGCCCCGAGGCGAAAGACAUCAAGAAGAUCCUGGAGAGUGUGGGCAUCGAGGCUGAUGACACCAAGAUGUCCAAGGUCAUCUCUGAGCUUAAGGGCAAGAAUGUGAACGAGGUGAUUGCCAGCGGUUACAGUAAACUGGCCAGCGUGCCAGCAGGGGGCGCUGUAGCAGUUGCCAGCUCUGCGGGCGCCGGCUCAGGUGGAGCUGCAGCUCCUGCUGCAGCUGCUGAGGAGAAAAAGGAAGAGAAGAAAGAAGAGUCCGAGGAGUCUGAUGACGAUAUGGGAUUCGGCCUCUUUGACUAAACUCUUUCAUUUCAUAAAUAAAGUUUGUAAAAGCUUU